AUGCGCAUAUUUCUUGCCUUCUCUUUCUACACAAAUGCAUCCAUCCUAAUGGACGUAAACCCUCCUAAAAAAGGAACAUUAAGAUCAUUAGCUGCAAUUCGUUUUCUUUCUAUGACUUGGGUAGCAGCGGGACAUUCCUUGGGACAGAGCAUAUCUGCCGAUGCGAUGCUUCCGGUUCUAACAAUGUGGAAUCCUUUUCUUUCUACAACCAUCAUAAAUGCAUUCCUUUCGGUGGACACAUACUUUUUAUUAUCUGGGACUCUCGUCAGCUACGUAUUCUUCAAGACAAAGCCAGCAUUAAGAUACGUAAAAAAUCCGUUAACGUGGUUAAUGUACUAUGUGCAUCGAUAUUUGAGAUUAACUCCAGCUAUAAUGUUAUUCAUUUGGUUUUUUGUUGUUAUGCUUCCAUUCACUAAUGGUCCAUGGAGUGUAUCUGUAGAGGGCUUUCUCAACUCAACCGACGAAUUUGUUGAAGUUUGCGAGAAGUAUUGGUGGCGUAAUAUGCUAUACAUCAAUAACUUGUAUAGCGUAACUAAGGAGUGUUAUCCAAUAACAUGGUAUUUGGCGGUAGAUACUCAGCUUUAUAUUGUCGCACCAGUCUUCCUAGUAGCACUUUUCUUUUCUCCAAUUGCCGGUAAUUUCUUUUAUUCUUUAUCGUAUAUUUGCCCUGCUUAUUGUCUUUAUUGUCACAAUGGGAUCGAAGCAAACAUCUUAUCAGUUUUCACUGUUUUUCUGAGGUUAAAAUUAAUGCUGCUCUUAAGUUCCCUUUGA